AUCGAAGCAGUUUUCUCGCUGUUCGCCGCGCAUUCCAUCAGGAAGCUACUGGUAAGAUUUUGAUUCCUUCAAUUUUAGAGCUUUUUUUUUUUUUUUCUUCCCGAGAAACAAACAAGAAUUCUGUUACUCUGCAAAAAAAUUUCUUGAAAGCAACUAACUGUUUGGUUAGAACCUAAAUUGCACUUGCAGAGAUCUUUAAUUUCAAGAAUUGAAAAUGAGCAGAGUUGCUGAUGUAGUGAAUCAUCUGUUGAAUUUCCCUGAAAAUAUUGAGAAAUUCAUUUCGACUCCGCGGACCCAUGACCUCAACGAGAACGAGAACGAGAACAAGGGGGCAAGCAGCAUUCCGGUGGACAUUCUGGAUAGUCCCAAGGAGUACAUCUUCUACCUUGAUGUGCCGGGAUUGUCCAAGUCCGAUAUUCAGGUGACAGUUGAGGAUGAGAACACACUGGUGAUCAAGAGUGGUGGGAAGAGGAAACGUGAAGAUGGGGAGGAAGAAGGCUGCAAGUACAUUAGGAUGGAAAGAAGAGCGCCCCGAAAGUCAAUAAGGAAGUUCCGGCUGCCGGAGAAUGUUAAUGUAUUGGCGAUCACAGCCAAGUGUGAAAAUGGGGUUUUGACUGUGGUGGUGGAGAAGUGUCCCCCACCUGCUAAGCCCAAGACGGUUGAAGUCCCCAUAGCAUGAAAGAUAGACAGGGACAAAGAACUACCUUGAAUUUGUAUCAAUAGGGUUCAAGUAGUGUUAUGAAAAUUAUGUUUAGAUAGUUUAAGGAAUUGUUGUAAUUUCUCGCAAAAUUUGACAUUCUGUUCUUUGGCGCCUCUUCGCAGGAAUCAUAGUUCUUCUUGCUGUUCUACUUCUUAUGAAACGCUGCCAUUUUCAGU